AUGUCCUACAGCCUCAGCUCCCGGACCCUCUCCUCCCGCUCCCUGGGCGGCCGCCUGCGGUACCCGGCCUCCUCCUGCGGCUCUUUCUACCCCGGCAACACCUGCUCCGGCAACGUCUACCCCGGCAACACCUGCUCCGGCAACUUCUACCCCGGCAACACCUGCUCCGGCAACUUCUACCCCGGCAACACCUGCUCUGGCAACAUCUACUCCGGCAACGUGGCCUACACCCAGGGCACCUGCCAGCAGGACUCCCCGUCCCACGGCUGCCAGGAGACCUGCUGGGAGCCCGCCGGCUACCAGGCGCCCUCCUAUGGCCGCAGGUCCUCCUCGCUCCGCCGGUCCUACCAGGCCACCUGCCCGGGCUCCCUGGGCUGCGGCAGCACCGGCCUCGGGCCUUUCGGUUACGGAGGCUCCCAAGCCCAGUCCCCGGGCUGUGGGGCCGGCUACUGCCGUCCCACCUACUUCUCCUCGUCCAGGACCUACCAGGGCCCCUCUUUCCAGCCGGCCUGCGGCUCGGGCUGCUAUGGACAGACUUACUGA